ACACAGGCCCAAAGCACACUACAUGAGGAAGCAGCCAGACAUCACAGAAGCCAUGCGUACGAUUCUGGUGGACUGGCUUGUGGAGGUUGGCGAGGAGUAUAAACUUCGAGCAGAGACCCUGUAUCUGGCUGUCAACUUCCUGGACAGGUUUCUGUCCUGCAUGUCUGUCCUCAGGGGGAAAUUACAGCUCGUGGGAACAGCAGCUAUUCUCCUGGCCUCGAAAUACAAAGAGAUAUAUCCGCCCAAAGUAGACGAGUUUGUCUAUAUUACCGAUGACACGUACACAAAACGACAACUGCUAAGAAUGGAACACCUACUCCUGAAAGUCCUGGCUUUCGAUCUGACAGUGCCAACCACCAACCAGUUUCUCCUGCAAUACAUGAGGCGUCAGGGAGUGUGCAUCAGAACUGAGAACCUGGCCAAGUAUGUGGCAGAACUGAGUCUACUUGAAGCUGACCCAUUCUUGAAAUAUCUUCCUUCACUGAUAGCUGCAGCAGCUUACUGCCUGGCAAACUAUACUGUGAACAGGCACUUCUGGGUAAGACUCCUUCAACUCUCAUGAGUGAGAUUCAGGGCCUGUCUAAAUCUGUUUAAUGACUGGCCAGGUAUAG